GCUACUCUUCUCGAUCACAUUCGCUUCCGUGUUUGAUCAAGAACAAUGGCUCUUCACGUGAAACCUUAUCUUGGGAGAUUGUGAUCAGCCGAUACGAGGACCCUAAAUCCUUAUUCUUAUCCAUAAUCGAUGUCUAUCCCGAAACGAUAAUAAACGAAUCCUAACAAAGAAACCCGAUGUCUCUUUCGAGAGAUGAUAAUAAUCGAACUACGUUUAGACUUGAUCCCUCGUAGGGUACGUAGGCAGCUCGAUCCCGAGUUCAGUCACGAUUUUCCUUCUCCCGAUAUCUUUAUGCUAUUCGGCAUACGAAUAGAAUCCAUUUUUGUCAACUCAUACCUGAUUACAUCGUUGUGUUAUGAUGAUAUUGUUGCCCACAUCCUUUUUCUUCUCCAGAUUAAAUCCUCGAUCACUAUUAAAUACUCAGUGUGGAUUUUAAGAUCUAUGUAAGCCUUUUCACGUAAGAUACAAGUAAUAGGUCUACAAUCUUUAUUUGUAAUCAGUUCCCCCAUUUGAAAUAUUAUGUAAUGACAGUGGAGAUGAAUCUUCUUGAUUUAUCGGAAGAAUGCAUAGCCGCCGUGAUUUCUUUCACCAGCCCCCACGACGCCUGCCGUAUCUCCGCCGUCUCCAAGUUACUUCGCUCAGCCGCCGAGGCCGAGUCCAACGCCGCGUGGGAGAAAUUUCUUCCCUUUGAUCCUCGUCUGGUGGUUGAUCAUUCUCUGUCUAGGUUAUCUAAUAACCAUCUCUUCCUCCGUUUCUGUGAAUCCCCUCUUCUCAUCGAUGAUGGCAGAACGGUAAAGCUUUUGGAGAGAAGCGGGAAGAAAUGUUGGAUGCUAUCUGCAAGGAAACUAGAGAUCGUUUGGGUUGAUUCUCCUGAAUACUGGUUAUGGAUUUCGAUUCCGGACUCAAGGUUUGAGGAAGUUGCAGCACUUCUAAUGGUGUGUUGGUUUGAGAUCCGAGGCAACAUAAGCUCGUCAAUGCUCUCCAAAGGCACAGUUUAUGGAGCUUACCUUGUUUUUAAAGAAGGAGAAAUAGGAGCAUUUGGAUUUAGGUCCCAGCCAUUGGAGACGAGCUUCCGCUACAUCCUCGGAUCCACAAGAACCGGGCUUUGUAAUGAUAGAAGAGCGUUUCUUGAGUCUGGAAUGCCAGAAGAUGGGUGGUUGGAGAUUGAACUUGGUGAGUAUUAUGUCGGUUUUGAUGAGGAGGAGCUCGUGAUGAGCGUCUUAGAGACUAGAGAAGGUGGCUGGAAAGGUGGGAUCAUCGUUCAAGAGAGCGAGAUUAGGCCAAAAUGA